UGUUGUUGCCUUCUUCUUCUUCAAUUUCCCGCUACACUAACACUAUUCCUAUUUUUUUUUUCUAUAAUUCACCAACCCAACCACCCCCAUCAUUUAAUUUUUCAUUUUCCCCUUCUCCAAAUGAUAAAAAUCGAAGCUUUCAGCUAUAAAUAGAACCAUCACACAAGUUCAUUCGCUAACCCGUUCGUUAGAUCUAACUACCCACCCAACUUCUUGCCUCAUCCUCAUUUUUUCUCUCUCUCUAACGGAUAAGAAGAAAUGGCGCGCAAGAAGAUCAGAGAGUACGACUCCAAGAGGUUGUUGAAGGAGCACUUUAAGAGACUCUCUGGCAAGGAGUUGCAGAUCAAGUCUGCACAAGUUACAGCGUCCACUGAUUUUAGUGAGCUACAAGAGAAGGAACCCUGGCUUUCAUCUUCUAAAUUGGUUGUGAAACCUGACAUGUUAUUUGGAAAGCGUGGCAAAAGCGGUUUGGUUGCCUUAAAUUUGGAUUUGGCACAAGUUGCUUCAUUUGUGAAAGAGCGUCUUGGAAAUGAGGUUGAGAUGAGUGGAUGCACAGGUCCUAUAACAACUUUCAUUGUUGAACCUUUCGUCCCACACAAUGAAGAGUUUUACCUUAACAUUGUCUCCGAUAGACUUGGGAACAGCAUAAGCUUUUCAGAAUGUGGAGGAAUUGAAAUUGAAGAGAAUUGGGAUAAGGUUAAGACUGUAUUUGUUCCAACAGGCGUGUCUCUUACAUCAGAAAUUAUUGCCCCACUUGUUGCAACUCUUCCUUUGGAGAUCAAGGGAGAAAUUGAGGACUUUCUCAAGGUGAUUUUUGCUCUGUUUCAAGACUUGGAUUUCACUUUCUUAGAGAUGAAUCCUUUCACACUGGUUGAUGGAAAGCCUUAUCCUUUGGAUAUGAGAGGCGAGCUAGAUGACACUGCUACUUUCAAGAACUUCAAGAAGUGGGGAAACAUUGAAUUUCCAUUGCCGUUUGGAAGGGUUAUGAGUCCCACUGAAUCUUUCAUUCAUGGAUUAGAUGAAAAGACAAGUGCAUCUUUAAAAUUCACAGUGUUGAACCCAAAGGGCCGAAUUUGGACAAUGGUAGCUGGCGGAGGUGCUAGUGUCAUCUACGCUGAUACGGUAGGAGAUCUUGGUUUUGCAUCUGAGCUUGGAAACUAUGCAGAAUAUAGUGGUGCACCCAAUGAAGAGGAGGUCUUGCAGUACGCCAGAGUUGUAAUUGAUUGUGCAACUGCAAAUCCUGAUGGCCAAAAGAGAGCUCUUGUGGUAGGAGGAGGCAUAGCUAACUUUACUGAUGUUGCUGCUACAUUUAGUGGCAUAAUUCGGGCGCUGAAGGAGAAGGAGGAGAAGUUAAAGGCAGCAAAGAUGCACAUUUACGUGAGGAGAGGGGGUCCCAACUACCAGAAGGGUCUAGCAAAAAUGAGAGCUCUUGGAGAGGAGAUUGGCAUCCCCAUUGAGGUUUAUGGACCUGAAGCAACAAUGACUGGUAUAUGCAAAGAGGCAAUACAGUGCAUUACUACUGCAGCUUAACUAUCCAUUUUUGGUCAAUGCCUUCUUUUGUGGUUACUUUCAUGGCGAGUUUGAAGUUAACGUUGAUUCUUGAUUCCCCUUCCCAUUCCUAGAACUCGGAAAUUUAGUUAGAGCAUGUGUUUAUAAAAUCAAGCCAUCCAAAAGAGUGGCCGAGAAUGUUCUUGGUUUGAAUUCAAUACAUGUGUUUACAUAUCGGAAAAACAAUUUCUACUGUUGCUUGCUGGAGAAAUUGUUUCCCCUCAUGCACAAACAAAUUGAUGGGUCCUUUCAGCUUUUUUUUUUUUUUUUUUGUA